GAAUCACCACCAACUCCACACGCACUUUUGGAACGGACGAGCAACGCCGUGAACCCUCUACCGGGCGAGCAUCGCAGUGAAUCCUAUCCAUCCGUCGUACAUUCUACACACGAAGCUUCCAAAAUGUCUCAGAACGAUACUUCCGCUGCGUGGCCCCAGGCCGAUCAGGCCCUUUCGACCGAGAUCUUGGACUUGAUCCAGCAAGCGACGCACUUCCGUCAGAUAAAAAAGGGUGCUAACGAAGCCACCAAGACGCUCAACCGCGGUAUCUCUGAAUUGAUCGUGCUCGCCGCCGACACGAGCCCUCUCGCCAUCCUGCUCCACCUGCCCCUCCUUUGCGAGGACAAGAACGUUCCCUACGUCUACGUCCCCAGCAAGAUGGCGCUCGGCCGUGCCUGUGGCGUCUCUCGCUCCGUCAUCGCCUGCUCGAUCACGACUAACGAGGCGUCCGACCUAAUGCAGCAGAUCAGGUCCCUCAAGGACAAGGUCGAGCGCCUCCAGAUCUAAGCAGCAUGUCUUGAUCUAAAAUCAUCGUACAACCACGUCUGGCGCCACACCUUCCAGCUUACACUCGCGCGCGG